AUGAUACCUUUUCGUGAAUAAAUGUAACAUUAGGAGCAAUAUGAAUGCUAGUAGUAUUGGAUACUUUGCAAAUAAAGUCAAUAAUCGAUUCUAAGAGAUAUUUACCUGAUAUUUGAUAAUCAAAUCGGAAAAAAGAAUAAUCUAACUAUAUAAAUCACCCGAUAACGAAGGAGGAGAAUAAACAAUUGA